AUGGCAGUCACCACGCAUAUUCGAUACUUCUCCCGCGAUGCCAAAUUUGAGUCCGAGAAGCCCUACACCACGACUUUCCCGGUAGACCACAUUCCGGGUGCCGAAGUCACCAAUCAUGCGUGGGUCUCUAAAAGGACUCGAAUUCAGAAUUUGCGCGUGCUCGCUAAGCCUGAUCUUGACACGGAAGGAUUCACUUACCUUACGAUGCCUACACGCCUGUCAUAUCAAGACUUCAUGUCUGCGUCGACCGUGCGAACGAAGUACUUCGAGGAAAUUAAGAAUGCCGUUCUACGUCAAUAUCCGCGGUAUAAUUACAUAGUUCUGUUUGACUAUGAGAUAAGGAAGCGUUCGCCAGUUUACCCAGAUGCAGUAGGUACUACGGUUGCCAACGCCCAACCAUACGAGCGCGCUCACGUUGAUUUCACGCCAUAUGGAGCGGCAAUCAAGAUCCGAGGAUCGCUCAGUGACAGACCGGAGCUUGCCAAUGAGUUAUUGCAAAAGGACUAUGAUGUGCUAAACGUAUGGCGGCUCUUGCGUACCACGACGCCGGAUUGGCCGCUCGCCUUCUGUGAUUAUCAGUCGAUCAAUGCGCAAGAUCCGAUCAAAAACGAUGUCGUAUAUACGAAUGGCUAUGGCGAAAAUUGCUUCUUGCGGCACAGCCUGGGACACCGAUGGUUCUACCUGCAAGACCAAUGCAUGGACGAGGUUUGGCUGUGGCGGAACGCAGACGCCAAUGAUUUCCGUCCAAGGGCUUUUCAUGGAUCAUUCCGAAACCCGAUUGCGGACGCAAACAGUCCUUUACGUGAAAGCAUUGAAGUUCGCUUUGCUGCAUUCUACUGA